GGCAGCGGAGAUGAGGAGCGCUCUGCGGUCGCAGUAGGGACAUCGGACUCCACGCACAGAAACAGAAACAGUGAGACGCGGGAGGAACAAUAAAAAAAUAAAAUAAAAUUCUAUUUGUUUGCGUGUCGAACCCCGCAGGCCUCCAGCGGGCUCAUGGAGAGCGGAGCCCCGCUUGUCCGCACUGGGGGCAGGUUGUUCGGAUGCCUCUCGCCGCAGCAGCGCCGUUAGACGUUCUCGCUCGGGAUUAAUUGGUUGACCGAUGGCUCCAAAACAUGCGCUCCUCUCCGGCAGCGGCCCCAGGGUUGGAGGGGUAAAUAACACGGGGGACCCCCGCUCUUCCUCUACGGCGGCAUGGACCCUGGGUGCGGGUACGACGGCCGUCUGUUCGCCGAGGAACGGGAAGAGGACGCGAGCCCCGGACGGGAUGCUGGCCCGGCGCUUGGUGACCGUCGGCGCGGUGCUGAUGCUGAUGCUGCAGAGCUCUUUGGCCGCUGACGGUAAGACACCGAUGCUGUGUCUUUAUUAUCCAACCUCUGAGGGAGGUCACCAGGAGUCAAUGGGACGGGCUGUCAUGCCUCUGGGCCCCGAGGCGCCCUCCAACCUCUCAGCCAUCCCCCUGACUGGAGACACAGCUGGGGCGAAAGACAAAGACGCCGGACCCAGACGUUGGCCAGAGGAAAAAGUUUUCACUGAGGCCCGAGCAGCGGUUUGGACCGAAACAGAAACAGAAACAGGGGUGCACGCGGGGGUGGAUGGCACACUCUUUGCGGAGACCUUGGCUAAAGUUGGGUCUGAAUGGAGUCCCGUGGAUGCGGAGGGAGGAGGCCUGCAGAGCGUGCCCAGGAACCCGGCUCCCUGGCCGGGGCAGCAGAGGCAGCAGAGGCAGCAGAGGCAGCGGAGGCAGCAGAGGCUGCAGACUCGCGGCGAGGGCCAAAGAGAGCGGACAGCCCUCUCAUCGGUCCCCACCGAUGAGACAGCGGAGCCGCCGGCACCAGCGCCGAGAAAACCUUUAGGGCUGCUGUCUAAAGCUGCUUGGACCAAAGGCACUUAUUCAUCCUCAUCCAAGGCUGCCUCCUCUUCCUCCUCCUCCCCAGCUACAACAAAGGGAUCCUCUUUGCCCUCCUCCUCCUCCUCUCCAGCCAGCAAAAGAGACAGUCAGACAGCAAGACCAGACAACGUCUCCCUGGUUGUCGACAACAGCAACUCCUCCAGCAGCAAUAGCAGCUUCAGUUUGGAGGAGUCGGUGAGCAGCCGGCCGGCCUGGGAUCUCCCCACCGUCCCCGAGUCACUCCUGUCCACAGUGGGCGACCACGACGUCACACUUCCUGCCAACGUCACCAGCCCUUUCUCCACCCACCAGUGGAACACCACCAUGCCCGUGCGCACCAGAAACACCUCACGGCACACGGCCACAUCAACCACCACCGUAAACACACCACUGUCACCCACCACCACCACCACCACCUCAACUUCACCGUUAUCCACCACAGCGAGAGCACAAACACCAUCGGGAUCCAGUACAGUUUCUCAAACCACAAGCCCGGACACUGUGACCAAUGAGGGCCUUCAGCUGACGACUGUAACCACAACGCCCUCAACUACCACUCUUACUGUGACCGCCGCUGAGAUGACGACACAGGCGGCGACCACUGGGAGCGAUGUAACAGUAUCAACAAAUACUACCACCGCUGCUACAAACGCCUGGCUGACAACAAGCCUCAAACUGACCACAGCGGCUCAGCCAACAACCACCACUACAACCACACCUGCCACUACCACCACCACUACUACGAUCCCCCCGACCACCACCACCACCACCACUACUACGCUUCCCACCACUACUACAACCACUACACCUGCAACUACUACUACUGCUGCCACUACCACUACUACCACCACUACAAUCACAACAACAAAGGAACCUGCCACCACUCUCUUCAUCCCGAUUGAAACCACGCCGCCUCCCACCACGACCACUGAACCUCCAUCCAGUACCAGCGCAGAGGAAAGUCCUCUACCAUGCAACGUGACCGAGAAGUUCUGGGUCAGAACAGUUCUAUCCAUUGAGCUGCGUAGGAACUGCCUGGAUCUGAUCCUGAAACAGAACCUCUCCAAAGGACUAAGCCACGCCCUGCAGAGAGCCCUGAAUGACUCAACAGCCAAUGCACAGGUGGAACACGACGACUGCAGCCCCCACAACGUAACGUUGGGUUACUACGUGAUCAGCGGCAAGACCGUCUACAUUUCUUCCCGGGUGGUCGAGGCGCUGCACGUUUACGGUUUUGACAAGCUGCUGUCGGACAUCAGGCAGCACACCCCGUUGGUCAAGGCGGUCCUGGUUCCCGUGGCAGCCUGGGUCCCUGCUCCAAGCAUCCACCUGCAGCUAAAAACAGUGUUGAGGUUCGUCGGCCCAACAGACAACAUCUACUCCUGCAGUUUCGUCCAGAUGUUGGAGCAGCGGCUGGAAAACGCCUUCGACGAGGCUCAGGACAAAGUGCUGGAGACCUACAACAGGCUCACCGUGGAGAUCCAGAGCGUAUCCCAGGAGCCGGGCUCUCCGUCUGUCUCGCUGGUGUAUGUGGUGAGGAACCAGGAUGCCAUUCUCAACGGGACGAUCUCCAGCGGGCUCCUCAACCAGCUGACCGCGGAGCUGGUGGGAUACUUUCUGUUCUACCCACCCAUGGUCAUCGCUGAGCCCCUUGAAUACCAUAAUCUUAACACAUCGAUGGUGACUAAGAACUAUUGGGUGAUAACAGUGAUCCAAGAUGUGGAGAGCUCCUCACUGGAGGCCAACUACCAGAGCUUUGCCAGUCUGAUGGAGCAGCGGCUGGCUGAGCUCUUCCUGGUAGCCGGCAGGCAGGGCCCUCGGACGGCACGACCUCGGCGGGCCACCACCGUGGGGAGCUACACUGUGCAGAUGGUGAGCAUGCGUCGGCUGCCUGGUCCCAAGAACCCAGCAGAGAUGACCUACUACACCCAGCUGAACGGGGCACCCGUGACUGGAUCCACCGCUGCCAAGACCCUCAGCAGUCUGGACUCCCAGACCAUGGCUCUGACACUGGGAUACUUCGUGCAAGUGCAGGCCGAACCUGUGGUAAAGACGCCGCCCACCAACCUGUGGAUCAUGGCCGUACUGACGCCUCUCUUCCUGUUGAUGGUGGUGAUCGUCAUGGUGUCCUUCAUUCUGUGCAAGAGGAACAGGGUCAUCUUCAAAACUGGCGCCUUCAGGAACUUCAAAACGCGCUCCAAGACCUCAUAUCGAAGGGAGGGCAGUUACCACCACCAGCCUGUCCAGGGCUUUGACUACGCCAAGAAGCACAUGGGUCGAACCGGUGACGACGCAGUCUCCGUCACCAAGGAGACGCUGGUGCUGGGGCUGCCUGUACGAGAUGCUCCACUGUCGCUGUCAUUAGAUAAGAAGGUCCACCAGGACGGGACCGCCAGCAAGAGGCCUCCAUCUGCUGACAUACACAAAGGAGGGCGGUUGCCAAGCGAGGAGGAGGGCUCGGUGUCAAGUAGCGGCUCCGGGAAGCUGAACACGAGCAAGAGCUCCUCGGCCCGAAGGACGGCGACCGGCAGCAGCAGCAAGAACGGCAAGGAGGAGCUCCACAAGAGGAGCACCAACGACCCGUACGAAGACCAUUCUGGCUCUCUGCGUCUCAUCACCAUUAAACCCAUGACUGCUCAGCCAACCUACUCCUACCCCACCGCCUCAUCCCACAGCCAAGACUCUGUAGUCCUCAACGGGGAGGCAAACCAUAGCGGGCUGAAGCAGAAGUCGGACAUCGAGCAGUACAGGAACAAACUGCGCCAGAAGGCCCGGAGGAAGGGCUACGGAGAGUUCUCUCUGUCCGAGACCGGCAGCCACGGUUACAGUCACCGCAACGCCAGGCACGGUCGGCACGACAACGGGCUCAAGGAGCCAAUGACUGCUGAGGAGAAGAGGGCCUCUUUCGCAGGAUGUCAUAAGAGGUACUCCCACCCACGGGAGCCCGCCUAUUGGAGCCGGCAGUCUCUGUGCAGCCCAAGCCCAGUAGAGACAGAGAUGGACCUGCUGGUGCUGAGAGAAAGAUCCAGGAGGGGCAUCCGAAACAACGGCUACGAUGGCGAGCCAGAACCGUUUGUGGAGACCAACAUGGACCGUCUGAUGAGCUCCCUGGGUUAUGGAGGCGGGUCCACUGACACCGGGACUGGCAGCCUGGGGGUGAAAGCUCACCGUGGCUCCGACUCCUCCACACUCAGCUCCCAGCCAUCCAUUGAUGAGGUCCGCACGCAGAUGCACAUGUUGCUAGGCAACGCCUUCAGUCUGGCGCCUCCGGACCACGACCCCCCUUCUCCGCCGACCAACCACCACCGUCAUCACCACCAUGCCCACAGAGCCUACAACCCGUCCCACACCAGCCACUACAGUGACGGGGUGACCAGCGCCCCAGGGACCAUGAACCAUCCCUGUGGAGGCAGGCAGAGGAGUGCAGGAUACGAGGACAUGCACCAGUGUAGCCUGCCCAAACCGGGUUUCCGGUUCACCCAGCUUCCUGAUAUGGGCAUCGGGUCUCCCCCGCCGCUGAUCCCCUCAAGACCAGGACCGCCACCCGGGACCUCUUUGCGACGUUCCACCCCCGAUGUUAGUCUGAAGCCCCGUGUGUCAGAGUCCUUAGACCUGCAGGCCCAGCAGCACAACGGUGCCCCCUAUAUGCCGCUGUCCAGGACGCCCUUCCCCGCUGUCACCGUCGACCAGUCCAUCACCACCUACUCAGGAAACCCAAUAACAGCAGUCUACGCUAUAUCUGCCAACCACCCGGGUUACUCAGACUACUUUGUCAUGUCACCGCCGUCCUCGUACCAUAGCCCGUCCUGGAUGUCCUACCCACCCGAGCCAGAAGACCUGCCGCGGCAGUGGAACGACACACCGAACUCGCGUCAUCUUGAAACCAUCUGCUGAAGUCAUCUGCCUGUGACACUGAGUGGGAACUGAUAGCUUGGUGUCUCUUUGGAUUGGCAGAGGACCUCCCUCUCACCACAAACUCUGGAGCUUUAUCACCACUCCUACACUUCAGCCCGGCCCGGCCUUCCUCCUGUCUGAUUUAAUCAUCACCGCCCCCUCGGUAUCCCCAGCCGACCCCUACUCUCCACUGGGCCGGCUCAACGCGUUUCUCAUCCUCUACAACUCCUCUGCCCCAUGAGCGCCUUCACCUCCCUGUCCAAAGCUCUGCUUGUUCAGCCGUAAUUCUCUCUCUUUCUGCAUUCUCGCUCUGCUUCCUGAGCCCCGUCGACUCACUGGCCCUCACUGGCCCCUCUGGAGCCAAUAGUCACCAUCUCUAAGUAGACUGCCUCCUCUGUGGGGACCACCGUUGUACAGAAAGAGGCCCCCUCACACUGCUGAACUGAACUGAGCUGUGCUGCGUGAAGCUUGUACCGUGCUUCCCUGAGUAAUGCCACACACGUGUGCAGUGUGGAUGAACAGGGUGAGUACAGUACAUUGUGACAUACAGGGCCAACUUUCAACGCAGUUCUCCGCCCCAGCAAUCAUCAUACAGUAACUGCCAUCUGCCCAGCACACAAUGGUACACAGCGCUGCAUUAUCAGUACGGUAGUGCCCCAGCCGUGGGCAGUAGUCCGCUCGUCCUCUGGAACUGGACUGGACCAUCCUGGACUUGUCUCUGAUUUCCACCAUAAAGCCAGGAAAGCUGUACUGACUUAAAACUGUGUGUAUUUUUUUGUCGAUGAAUCCAAAUUCCUACUGUAUGUAAACAUUCUACAGCUGGUUAAUAUGUGUAUUUUAAACUUAAGUGAGAAAAAAAAAUGAUUUAAGGAAAAGGGGAAAAAAAAACCUCUUGUCUUGAGCCGUCUCAAUUUCAGUUUUUGGACAUUUAUGUGCGUUUGUCUUUUACUUUUGUGCAUUGAUUGUUAUCAAUGGAUUACUGUACAAAAAAAAAAAACGUAAUGAGUGUUUCUCUUUCACUCACCUUUAUUCAAGGCAAAAAAAUAUAUAGUUCAUUCUUCAAAACAGAGAAAUCGGCGGCUUAGUUGUCCGUGGUUAUGAUGACAUUUCUGUACUUUAAAAAAAAGAAUGACUUUGUUUACUUAUUUCCUUCAUCAGAUUCAGUAGUAAAAAACAGGAAUACGUCACUAUGUUCCGUCGAUCAUCCGAUGAUGACGUUUUUGUCUGCUGAUCAUUAGGCAGACCUGGGUCGACUGCUCUAAUUAAAAUCCAAUCACGUGCAGUUCUGUGUUUUGUAGCUUUGCAGCCGCUGCAGAGUUUGUUUUGCUCCUCAAGUUAAAGAUUUAAAAAAAAAAAAUCACUGACUACAUGAUGACUUGGAUUUGAACCUAUUCCAAUUCUGGUCUGACUCAGGUCUGUUGAGAUUAUGUGAACACACCAGUAUUCUUAGAAAAGCAGUUAUUUUACUUGAAAGGUGUCUACUGUGUUCUACUGUAUAACGAUUUGACUUUUGGUUUGUUUUGGUCUUGAUGAAGAGGGAUGCGUAUUUGGUCACUGGACUAUGGUUUAGUACUGUUCAAGAGACUUGCCGGGCUCAGAUGAGCUGCAUAUGUAACGAUUAAGUGUAAUACUGUACAUAGCAGAUGAUUUAACGAAGAGAUUUAUGCAAGUACUGUGGGAGGGAUAAUACUGCGCUUGACAUUUUUCUGAUGCCAUUUUUCCUUCCUUUUGUUUCCACUGCGUUUUGUAGGGGGGGGACCUUCUGAAGGAUGCACGCCUCAUUUGGAUCAUCUUUUUUUUCCCAAUCUAUAAAGGAACAGAUGGAGUGUUUCGAGUGACAUGCAGUAAAAAGGCAGAUCUUACCCUGCAUUUACAGUUUUCUUUAUUCUUGAACAAAGCUAAAAUAGCCAUAAUAGUUGAAAUAAUGUAAUUGUUUUAGUACAAAGAAUGUCACAGUCUAAAUUAUAUUCACCCUCAUUUUUUCUGAGGAGAACUGGAAUUGUGCAAGCACGCUGUAUUUAAGGCUCCUCAUCACUUAGAUGUACCAGAGGAGAUUAUAGCCAUUUGUUAACUUCACCAAGAUAUACAGUGUUAUGUUAAAAGUGGCAAAUGAAACCAAAUGGCAGUAUAUCAGAUAGGAAAUGAUGAGGCGAGGAACAGAGAUAUACUAUGGAUAGAAAUAGUGAAGCUAGUAACAUGAAAUGAGCACUUUUAUAAAGAGCCCAAACCUUGGCAGAAACGAGCAAACUUUGGGAUUGCUUUUAACUAAGCCGGAAACUGUAAAUGCAUAAUCAAAGCAGAAAGGUUUUGAAUGAUCUUUUUUAAAGCUAAUUUACAAUCUAUGUACUUUUUUUUGGGAUCCCUAGACGGGGCCGUAGCUACCGGUGACCACACACAUGACGUGUGCGCAGAAUCAAGUUAGGGAACGGGACCGGAGUUUACAUAAUAGAAUAAGACAAAAGUUAUGCACAAGUUGAUAUUUUUCAUAAAUUCUUAAAUGUAGCAUUGAAACAGCAUUGCGAGAGCUAGGUAGGGAGAUACAACUUCCAGAAAUCUUUUUAGGCAUUUAAAUUGAUACAUUAAGGGAACAUUUCCAGAAAAUGUCUUAGGGGAAAAGGGUCGUAUUAGGAGACUUUGUACCGUUGACCUUGGUAUUUCUACAAUCCUGGCUACGGCCCUGCCUCUAUUUGACUUGAAGUUUAAAUUCCUCCAUUCAAUAUCUACAUCCAUUUAACCUGAAGUAGCACGGGUACAAAGUCGUCUUUUCCAGCUCAGCCAAGUGUUUAAAAUGACCGCCCAUUUUUAAAUCCAGGCCUGCACAUGACGAAUAUUAGACGUGGCUAGUAAAGAAAGCAAAGGUAUGAGAUGACGGUGCUGGACCAUUAUGAGUGCACAUGGUGCUAUUAGUGUUUUUAAUCAUCAUCAUCAUCAUCCUCUUCAUCACUGGAGAUCUGCAGCAACAAUCAUACUCGGUGUACAAACUCAUGUGGUCGAAACGAGAAAAAAAAAAACUUCCACUCAAUCAUUCCGUUUGACUCCAUGUUGAAGAGAGCGGGCAGGUGGGUUUUUGGUUUUUAAGCAGUGAUUUUAAGAAGGGAGACUUGAUGCUAUGCUAUAAAUUGAUGUGCAAUGUUUGUGCUUUACACGGGUAGCGGCGAGAUGCUUUUUUUGACGAUGGACUCUGGGAUGGACUGACAGCCAAUAGUUCUUUCUCUGCCGUUUGAGCCGCGUCACAAUGCUGUGACAUCGUGGCGGCGCUGAUGAUGUCACGCUGUCGUUGAUGAAGUCACAGUGGCGACAACGAUGAAUGCUGUUGGAUGUAGUUAUGCAGAAAACGUUUUGGUGAAAUUCAAACAAUAAAGACAAAUUACAAUUCU